AUGGGGAACCCCCUCCUCAAGCAGUACCAUGUCGACCGAGAACCGAUCAUCAGGGGCACCCGACACGGCAGAUGGACAGUUUACAGCGGGCACCACAUCGACCGGCCAGGGGACUCUGUGUCUCUCUUUGCCUGCAACUUGAAGUCCCCGGAGUUUGCUGCGCUGCCAGCUGAGGGCCCCGUGCUGCAGCAGCUGCGCGAGCUGCUGCAGCAAGACGCGCUGCUGCUGCAGCGCCUCCGCCACCCCCGUUUGCUGCAGAUUGUAGAGCCGCUGCAGCAAGGAAAGGACUCUUGGGUCUUCUGCACAAAGCCAGUCCACUUUUCUCUCCGCCAGCUCUUGGGGGCCCCCGAGGGGCCCCCCUGGGAGCCUUUCCGUUCCCCGGGG